GGGCUGGACAGAAUGUGAGCGAAUCCGAAAAGACCUAGACCCUCGUUGCUGGGAGACAAGUCCCGCCCCGCAGGCGGCACCGGAAGUGGCAGGCCGGGAUCAGCCUUUAAGAUGGCGUCUCCUCAGGGGGGCCAGAUUGCGAUCGCGAUGAGGCUUCGGAACCAGCUCCAGUCAGUGUACAAGAUGGACCCGCUACGGAACGAGGAGGAGGUCCGAGUGAAGAUCAAAGACCUGAAUGAGCACAUCGUUUGCUGUUUGUGCGCCGGCUACUUUGUAGAUGCCACCACCAUCACAGAGUGUCUUCAUACUUUCUGCAAGAGUUGUAUUGUGAAAUACCUCCAAACCAGCAAGUACUGCCCCAUGUGCAACAUCAAGAUCCACGAAACGCAGCCACUGCUCAACCUCAAACUGGACCGGGUCAUGCAGGACAUCGUGUACAAGCUAGUGCCUGGCUUGCAAGACAGUGAAGAGAAACGAAUUAGAGAAUUCUACCAGUCUCGAGGCUUGGACCGGGUGACCCAGCCCAGCGGAGAAGAGCCAGCCCUAAGUAACCUUGGCCUCCCCUUCAGUAGCUUCGACCAUUCCAAAGCCCACUACUACCGCUAUGAUGAGCAGCUGAGCCUGUGCUUGGAGCGGCUGAGUUCUGGCAAAGAUAAGAAUAAAAGUGUCCUGCAGAACAAGUAUGUCCGAUGUUCCGUUAGAGCUGAGGUACGCCAUCUCCGGAGGGUCCUUUGUCACCGCUUGAUGCUAAAUCCCCAACAUGUGCAGCUCCUUUUUGAAAAUGAAGUUCUCCCUGAUCACAUGACAAUGAAGCAGAUAUGGCUGUCCCGCUGGUUCGGCAAGCCAUCCCCUUUGCUUUUACAGUACAGUGUGAAAGAGAAGAGGAGGUAGGGGCCAAGCCCCCACCCCACCCCUCUCCCUAUCCCUCCCCAGAUAUUUAUGUGAAAUGAACUGUGGCUUUAUUUUUUAAAAUAAAAACUUUUAAAAAGCA